AUGAGGAAAAGUUGUCGCUUAGCUCGGGAAGUACUUGAUAUCGCGGCGGCUGCCGCCAAACCUGGUGUUACAACUGACUACAUUGACGAGGUGGUUCACAAGGCGUGUGUCGAGAGAAAUUCAUGCUGUACCUCAGUAAACGAAGUUAUUUGCCACGGAAUUCCUGACCAGCGAGUCCUCAUUGAUGGAGACAUUCUCAAUAUCGAUAUUUCGCUCUUCCAUGAAGGCUACCAUGCUGAUCUGAACGAGACAUACUACAUCGGCGACAGGGCCAAGGCAGACCCUGAUAAUGUGCGAGUUGUCGAAGCAGCUCGGGAAUGCCUUGAGGAGGCCAUCAAAGCUGUCAAGCCUGGCGUCCUCAUCCGCGAGUUUGGCAACAUUAUCGAAAAGCAUGCGAAAAAGAAAAAUUGUAGCGUCAUUAGGACUUACUGCGGACACGGCAUCAACAAGCUUUUCCACUGUGCCCCCAAUGUGCCUCACUAUGCUAAAAACAAGGCCAUUGGCGAAUGUAAACCCGGCAUGACCUUUACCAUUGAGCCGAUGAUUGCGCUCGGCAAGUAUCGUGAUAUAACCUGGCCGGAUAAUUGGACCAGCACGACCAUCGAUGGGAAACGAACUGCUCAAUUCGAGCACACUCUCUUGGUUACGGAAGAUGGAGUUGAGAUAUUGACGGCGAGGAGGGAUGACUCACCUGGUGGUGCGUUGCCCAUGCCAGAGCCAGAAGGGUCAAAUGGGAAGGCUGCAGAUGCUUGA